AUUCCCUCGCUGCCGCCGCCGCCGCCGCCAAUCUUCCUCUCCGCGGGCGGCGCCACCAUGCUCCGCCUCAGGUGCUGCCUCCUCAGCCAGCUCCUCUCAUCUCCCUCCGCGUCUCCCGCCUCCCACCUCCGCCGCCUCAUAUCCGCCGCCGCGCCCGCCGUCUUCCCGAACCCUAGUAGCUUCGCCGUGGAGGACUACCUCGUCUCCACCUGCGGCCUCACCCAACCACAGGCUGCCAAGGCCUCUCCAAAGCUCUCCCACCUCAAAUCCCCCGACAACCCCGACGCCGUCCUCUCCUUCCUCGCUGGUCUCGGCCUCCCCACCGCCGAUGUCGCCGCCCUCGUCGCCAAGGACCCGCAGUUCCUCUACACCAAAGUCGACAAGACCCUGGCCCCCGUCGUCGCAGGGCUCACUGGCCUCGGCCUCUCGCGCUCCGACAUCGCGCGCCUCGUCUCGCUCUCCCGUAAAAGCUUCCGCUAUAGAUCCAUCGUCUCCAAGCUGCACUACUACAUGCCUCUCUUUGGGUCCUCUAAGAACCUCCUCCGGGCCCUCAAGAGGAACCCCUACCUUCUCUCGUCUGACCUCGACGGCAUCAUCAAGCCCAAUGUCGCUUAUCUGCACGAGUGCGGGCUAGGUGCUUGUGACAUUGCCAAGCUAUGCAGCAAUCAACCGUGCCUGCUCACCACCAAUCCAGAGUGCAUCCAGGGCAUGGUGACACGCGCUCAAAACAUAGGUGUGCCCCGUGGCUCUGCGAUGUUCAGGCACGCGCUGCAUGCUAUUGCAUUCCAUAGUGAGGAGGAGGUCGCAGCUAGAGUAGACUACUUGAAGAGCACAUUCAGGUGGUCGGAUGCUGAGGUGGGCAUUGCUGUGUCUAAAGCUCCAUCGGUGCUGACGAGGGCCAAGGAACCGCUGCAGCGCAGGUCCAAGUUCCUCAUCUCUGAGGUGGGCUUGGAACCGGCUUACAUUGCUCAACAGCCAGCAAUUGUCUGCUACAGCCUAGAGGGCCGGCUCAGGCCCCGGUACUAUGCUGUAAAGUUUCUCAACGAAAAUGGAUUGCUCAAGCGCAACCCGAGCUACAGCACUGUUUUCACGGGAACCGAAAAGACAUUCAGGGAGAAGUUCAUAUGCCCUCAUAAGGAAGCUGCACCACACCUCCAAGAAGACUAUGAUGCUGCUUGUAAAGGGCAACUGCCGACUAAUUUCAGAUUCACACGAGCCAAGAACGGACUAUGAUGUAAUUGUCUGCUGCUGUAUGACUGUUAGAUGCUGGGUUGGUCGUUGCUAACGUGUGAUGGAAUUGAUAAUUUGAUCCCUGAAGACUGGUAUGUAAUGCUAUCACUCGCAGAGAAGAAACCAUGGAUUGGUUAUGAACCUUUUUCGUCCUCAUUCAUGUUUUAGACACACGUAUUGGAACUAAGUAAGUGUGAGGUCAGGCCAUUCUGCAAUGCAUUUAAAAUAUCAGUUUUUGAGUUAGUUGCUGGUGCAUUGAGACAAUGAGCCACAGUAUGGUAUCCUUCAUGUGGAUAAUUGGAGCAUCAAUCUGAUGCCAGUCACAAAUUUAGGUAAGUACCUACUCCGUCCCAAAAUAAGUGUCGUGCCACGACACUUAUUUUGGGACGGAGGGAGUAGUCUUUUUGGAAGCAGCCGUAGGAGAUGUUGGCUCCUGGUGUUAGCGCUUCCUAUUGAGGGCCUAGGGUCAAGUCACCUGGCUUUAGCUUAAUCUAUUUUUUGAUUAUGGUUUGUUAUAAAAAAUAAUUUUGGUUUGCUCAUAUGCAGACUCAUAGUGAUCCAUUUUUUUUGCUUUAACUAACUAAUAUAGAUGUAUUCACUCAACUAUGAAAAAUGUCCGGAAGUGGAUUCUCCUUUAGUUGGAUAAGAGGUAAUGAUUUGGAGCCAUUGGUCAUAUUGGAAAUACCUACUGGACUGCAGGAUGAAAUGCGCAGGGCUCACAUCCGUACAGGUUAUCUGCUAAGGAGAGAUGCUCACUUUACUAAACGUCGAACUCCCACAUGGAGGAGGGUUGGCAUCAUUUAAAUUUAAGUAAGUAAACUUAGGUGCAUCCAUUCAUUUUUAUGCUAGUAAUUUUAUUGAGACAAUGGAGAAGCACUUGCUGCUAGACAAAGAAGCCCUAAUUUUGUACUGUGUGUAUUUUCGAUUUUUAUGCUCUGCACCAUGGCCAUAAAUUAUGUGUUUGUUGUGGAUGGCAGCUUAAGAUUUUUAGUUCAUUAUUGCAUUUUGGUCCUGUGGGUAAUUCUUUGUGCCAAGCACCACCAGGAGGUUUACUAGCAGCUAGUUGGUAUUUCUUCCUUCUGUAACUGAGCUGCCUCUUCUUUAGUUUGGCUAAAACUGAGUGUUUAUUACUCCCUCCGUUCCUAAAUAUAAGUCUUUUUA